AGGAUGGAGGAAGCAGAGCUGCUAAAAGAGAGGCUUCAGGCCAUCACGAACAAGAAAAAAGUUCAAGAGGACAUUGCUACGAUACGUCUACAAAUUGACAAAGAGAAACUGAAGUUGCAGCACCUUAAGAAAAAGAUGAUGAGAGACCAAUGGCUGAUGGAUGGGGAGUCAAAGACACAGCAAGCUCAGGAAGAUGCCAAUCAGACCAAACUUCUGCAGAGCAACAUCUACCGGAUGCAAAAAGAGAUUGAGGCAUUGGAACGAGAGGAACUAAACAUAUCAGCAAAUGAAGGGUUUAUUUUAAAGAGGUUAAAAGCUAUUGAGAAGACUCCAGAGGAUAUAAUUAGGGAAGCGAAGGCAGAAUUCAAAUCAGAGCCAAUCCACGUUUACUCACCCAUUCCAGAUGUCUCAAAGUCUUACACACCUUUGAACCUGAGGAAACACCCAGCCCUGGAUCAAGAAACAAAUACAGACCAAGGCAAACCUGCCCUGUUUGCCAUGGAGAUCAAUGUGCAGAGGGAUCUGCGCACAGGGGAGAGCCACGUCCUCUCCACAUCAACCGUGUCCGCUCAAGAGCUCCAGCAGAGGGGCAUCAAAGUUUAUGAUGAUGGUAGGAAGUCUGUCUAUGCCUUGCGUUCUGACAGGAGUCAACCAGGAGCCAAUGGUGUGAAAGAGCUCAGCCCCAAGGAGGUAGAGGAACUUCUCAGACAAGCUGCAGAGAAGAAGAGAAAGUCCAGGGACUCUGAGGAGCAUAAGCCUGCCCUACAUCCCUCCACCAUCGACAGGCUUAGUGUCCCAAACAAGCUUCACCAAAGCCACGCAAAUCACCACACCAAUGGUUUCCAAAAGCCUUCCAGUGAAGACAUGUCUGGAUGGCCGGAGUUGAUGUAUGGUGACAGUACUCAUUAUCCAGACAAUGAAGUUGACCAGGCUCCUCACAUGCAAGUGCACCAUCAUGUCAAGACACAUGAGUACCAUCACCCCAGCAAAGGAAACAGCUAUAACCAUAUGUUUUACAAUGGGGAGAGGCAUUCAAACCAUGUGCCACAUAACUACCCCAGAGAGAACCAGAGAGGAACCCUACACAUGGACCCUUACCCCAGGCAUCUCAGGCAACACUGGGCAUCCCAUGGCUAUAGUGAGGACUCCAAGCCUAACAUCCUCAAUGCCAUGCCAGCAGAUGAGCCUGUCACAAUGAUUUUCAUGGGCUAUCAGACUGCUGAAGAUGACAGCCAGGGUUAUGAUGGGUCUGUUCAGGCUGAGCUGGUCCUCAUUAGUGAUGGAGAUGGGGAAGAUGACACCAUAUCCUCUCGUUACAGUUCUUAUCACCAGGAAGGUUACCGUGAAGACGGUACAGAGAACCCAUCGACGACAGGUACCCAAGAAAUCAAAAAGAUCAGAAAAAGUCAGAAGCACUGCUGCUUACUAAUGUAG